GAGGGGCCGGACUCUCUCUAGGUGCGCGGUCCCUGCCGCUCAGCGCGCAUAUCGAAGCGCACUGCAGUUGGAGGAAGCCGUGGUGUGAGUUGCGGGUUCACUGCCAUUCCAUCUUCCCAGGGGAGUAAGUGAGCGCCGGCGGUCGGUUUAGAGACUGGGUGUGCCUUGCGGAGAGCUCUUUUUGAGUAGCGAAAGUUUCCGCGCAACUGGUCCCCUUCUCGGGCCAGGGCUCCUGAAGGCGCACUCUGGCCCAAUCGCUUCGCUGGCUUGUUUCAUUUGAGGAACUGCUGGCUCAUGCUUCUGUGGAGGCUCCCACUGUGUAGUAUUCAAUCAGACAUCUCAGUCUGUGGUAGUCGACAAUCUUUGGUGGAAUACUGCACCUCCAGACACAUGCUGAGGUCAAGUGACACAAUCAAGGUGGAGAACAGGAAUUUUUAUCAACUGGACGUCCAUCUCCAUCUUUCAGGAGCAAGACCCCACCAACAUAAAAUGAGUUUCUCUUCUCUUGACAGGCUUAGGUUCAAGGAAAAGGGACCCAAACAAAUGCAAAUCAUGAGAAAGCUUGCUGGAGCCUCCCGGUGCUGUGCUGCCCCCUUUCCACAUUGUCCUUAAAAUGGGAACAUUUGGUUUCUCUUUGUGUAAGUAAAGGCUGGUGCCCACCUAUCAGUCCCAGCAGUAACACAGCAUUGACUUUUACACCCUCCCCUUUGCAGACCCUCUCCCACCUCGCCCUUUUCUUUAGCAUUGUAUAAAUAUACCUGUAACCUGCCAAAGAGCAGGACAGUUAUCUUUCAGACAUGAAUCUGCUGCCCUCCUUAUGUGUCAACAAAUAAAGCCACUUUCCUUUUCCUCAAACUCUGUUUCCUUUUAUUGGCUGAGGGAAACUGAGACAGGUGUUCAUUAACAGGGACUGGUCCCACAAUUUCCUUAUAACCCCUGCCCCAGUAACCCCAGUAACCCCAAAACCUGAAUGCAGAAGUCCUGGGCUGAGACCCAACUCUAAAUUGCCUCCCAGCCCCAACAUCAGACUAUCUCUGGGUUAUGUUAAGCUGGGCAUGGACUUAACAAGCAUUUCCUCUGACUCUGUAGGCACCUUCUGAUUCUGAAUCUUUCUCUUUAUUCUUAGUGAUUGCUUCAGAUGGUGGGGGUGAUCUGAUUUGAAGGCAGAAAAGGUCAGUGAAAGUGGCAGACAUGCACAAGAACUCACCAAAGGGGCCAAGAGAGAAAGAACCCCUGAUCCUGUCUGGCUCAGGCAAUUAGGCCUUGUUUCCUUGGUUGUCCUGAUAUAAGAACAAUGAGAAACAACCUCUGAGCAGUGGAUGUCACCCAUAGUUGAAGGACACCACCCAUGCCUACGCUGUGCCUGUCCUCACCUGACCACCAAAUAUGGCCAUGAGCCCAGUCCAUCCCACCCAUUGUUCUUUUCCCUUGGCUACUCUUCCGUCCCACCUGGCUCCCCCACCUGAUCGCGACCCGGCCAAUGGGCACACGACACACCACCCCUGAUGCCCCUGUUGUACAUAUAAGCUCAGCUCUGGGAUAAAAUUUGGCUUCCUGGUGAACAGACUCACGGCGUCCGUCCCUCCUUUCCGCCUUUUCCUUUCAAUAGUCAACUCUGGUAGAAGAUGCUUUCUAAAUUCCACCUCCAAAAAGCAACUUGAUGAUAUACAUGUCACUGGGCAAGGGAUCUAAAAACUAUCACUAGAUCGGAAACUUUCACUGGUUCUGGGUAUGUCCAUUUUACAUCACAAAAGCAAACCAAAGGGCCUUUGGUGCAGCAAAAAAGAAAAAAACAACAAUUUAUUUUACCUACUGGUGCAGGAGGAGAGGGAGAAAGUCCAAUUACUAAAGUAUGAGAUGUGGCUACAGCUACAGGAGCCAGCAAGAUGUGGCAGAGGUCUGCCACCCUGUGAGUUACUGAAGGACUGCUUCCCCAACAACUCCAUCUAAAGAGUGAGCCUAGAAGCACUGCUCUCUAUCAGAGUUUCCCAUAACUUGGCCACUCAGCUUUACCCCUCUCCAGAAGCUAUCUCAUUAAGACCUCAAGGACAGAGCUUAGAGCAAGGCACUGGGUAGGCAUCCUCCCCAGAUAUCAGGGGGCAGGGUUCUGAUCCUGGUCUACAUAAGGAUACUCCAAUAGAAGGCUCACCCUCUGAGCAGGAAUUGAUGGGAAAAAGGGGAAGGAGUUGAAGCUCUUAAACUGCUGGUGAUGAGGGGUGUCUGUGGAGAAAGCCCUAGCUUGCCAAGUACAACUUCAGCUUGGACUUGUCUCUGAUUAGUAGAAUAUCUGGAGUAGGACAGAAAGCAUGCAGCCAUGUGUUGGCCUAUAAAUACUCUUACUCUCCCUUCCCUCACUCCUUAUAUAAAUAAAUUCUGCUAUUGCUGUAUGUAUCGUUUAAGUUGUGACCAGCAGUCCAAAGUGCACAGGAGAGGACCCCACUACUUGAGUCUGCCCCUGUUCCCCAGGGCUUGAUCCAUUUCACUGGAAACCCAGUCCCACCUUGGCCUUAUUGACUUGCCCACAGUGCUGCCCAGUGUCCUCUCCUAUAAGGUUACACCAUUCUUCCCAGACUACAGCCCCUACUUGUUCCCCUUACUCAGGGUCCCACAUUAACUUUCCCUAUCUUCUGUUCCUUGAGGAACAGAACUUGUAGAGAUGAAAUUGAACUUCUAUCAUUAGAUCCACGCUCCCACAGACCUAUGGGCAUUGUUAGGGCAGAGGACCUUUCAGCACAAGGAGAACUGCAAAGGGGAGUGGUAUGGUCAGGACUACUAAGGAAUCCCCCCAAAAAGUAAAUAGCUGAGUCUUGGCAGCUCACACAUGUGCAUAGAGCAGAUACAUGCCUGCAUGCACACAAAAAAAACACAUGUGCAUAAAGCAGAUACAUGCCUACAUGCACACACAAAAAAAACACAGGCAAGCAUGCACAGACAGAAAAGUAUGCAUAACACAGUUUGUAGACUUGUGUGGGUAAACAUACAAACCCACAUGAACUCCUUGGUUCUCCCUUGAACAUCUGACCAAUUUCCCUACUGAAAUAUUUGCCCCCAGUUGUGCCAAAGUAUUCAGAAGAAAAUGGUCAGGAUUGUUUUUAUGCCUCUGCCUUGAUUGUGGACCCACAGAGGAGCGUAAGGGGCAAGAAACCCAGACCUAAGGGAAAGUCUCGCUCUGGAUAUCCUUUCUGUUCCUGCUAGUCCCCACCUAUUGCACUGGCUAGAGGCCUAGACUUCUACUUUUGAAGUCCAAACCUGCAGCACCAUGCUGCCCUACCCCAUCUUGGCUCUGGAAGUGUGGGACUGGUUGUUGGCUUGGUGUGUCUAUUUUAAAUUCAGCUCUUAACCCUGCCCUCCCCCACAAUCCUGGUUACUGGCCACCUGCAUAGGCCAGUCAGGCCUGGAAUGCUGACUGGCAGUUGACUCGGGUGGGGGUUGGGGACAAACUGUUAUAAAGCUAGGGACACUGGAGAAGCAGCUGUCCUGUCUGGAAGUCCUGUCAGUCCCUACAGUCUAUACCACUAUGUCCACCUACCGCCUCGUGAUGGUUCGUCACGGCGAGAGCACCUGGAACCAGGAGAACCGCUUCUGUGGCUGGUUUGAUGCAGAACUGAGCGAGAAGGGGGUGGAGGAGGCCAAGCGGGGAGCCAAGGCCAUCAAGGACGCCAAGAUGGAGUUUGACAUCUGCUAUACAUCGGUGCUGAAGCGGGCCAUCCGCACUCUCUGGACCAUCCUGGACGGCACGGACCAGAUGUGGCUGCCGGUGGUCCGUACUUGGCGGCUUAACGAGCGGCACUACGGGGGCCUCACCGGCCUCAACAAGGCAGAGACGGCCGCGAAGCACGGGGAGAAGCAGGUGAAAAUCUGGAGGCGUUCUUUUGAUAUCCCUCCACCUCCCAUGGAUGAGACACACCCCUACUACAACUCCAUCAGCAAGGAACGUCGAUAUGCAAAUCUGAAACCAGAGGAACUGCCCACUUGCGAGAGCCUCAAGGACACCAUUGCCCGGGCCCUUCCCUUCUGGAAUAAGGAGAUCGCUCCCCAGAUCAAGGCUGGCAAGAGAGUGCUUAUUGCAGCCCACGGGAACAGCCUUCGGGGUAUUGUCAAGCACCUGGAAGGUGAGGCCCACCCUCCAGAGGGAUGUGGGGGUGGUAAUCCGACCCUUACACCAAUUGACCCCAAGUUCUCACUUCAGCAAAAUGUCAGGUUGGGCCAGCUUGAUGACUCAACUACCAGGGUGAGACUUUUAAACUGUGAAUGGAAACUAGUAGGAUUGAGAAAAACCUUCCUAAAAAAAUACCCAAAGCCAGUGCUUAGAAAAAAAAAACCAGAAGUUUUGUUCCUGUGUUUGUAUAGGAAGACUAAAAUAUGAGUCUUCAUGAAGGCAGUAGAUGAAAUCUGACACCGCUGAAUACAAGUCCUAGGACUGAUGGCCCAGCUUUCCAUAAGUAAUCCGUGGUUGAGUUGGGAAUAACUCAGAAAGUGGGUGACAACUUGCCCAGGACACCCAAUCUGAAAAAGGGUGGAUUGUGCGACCAAAGUUAAAUGACUUUGGGGCCCUGGGUUCCAUGGGUUCCUCCUGGAAACACCUGUGGAGGUGAUGCCCCCUACAAGACCCCACCUCACACUCACUCUGGCCAAAGUUAAGACCAAAGGAUGCAGUGUAUGGAACUACACUAGAGAUCUCAGACUGUGUUACCACUAAAAAGUCAGAAAGGGGUUCCCUUGAGAAUGAUAGGCUCCAUUUCUUUACUACCUUUGAAUACUAUUUAAGACAGCUCCACGGGCUGUGAGGAUUUCCACAGAUCAGGACAGUAAAAUAAUAGUAUCUUAACAGCUGUCAAGCUUGUUGGGAUCACAGAAGGCAGGUAAUGAAAGGCGCCAAUCCUGUUUCUGGGUGUCAGGUAGCAGCUGGUCACAGGUGAGGCUCUGCCCUCUCCAGGAUGCCAGGCCCACUGGCAGACACUUAAUACUUGGCACUGAGCCCAAGAGAUAAACCAUCUUCUGCUCUUCCCUUCUGGGGGCUUCCUACAGCCCAUGCCUAAAUCCAUUCUGAAAGGGAUGCACUCAGGUGAAUGUUAUUUGGGUCUCUGACAACCCAGAAAAUGCUUUAAGUUCUCACUGCAUGGAGUGGGUGGGGGCGAUGUGAACACCAAAGGUCAAGUUACUAUUUCAGGCCGGGACUACAGAGGCCAGUAGGGUCUGGUUUCCAUAGGGAAAUACCCUUUCCACCUGGAAAACCUUCAGUUCAUCUCUGCUGGGUCAGCAGACUGUCCUGUCACUGUCCCUCCUCCAGUUUCCUUAGCAGCACCCCCUGCACUGCUCAGGAUGUCCAAAAUUUAGAACUCUAGACCAGUCAGGAUUCAUGCAAGGCUGAAUAGAAGGCAGAUGAUACUGCCCUAAACCAUAUUCACUCAGGGCAGGGGCAAAGUUCUUGGUUACUACCAGCUUUUCUAGGCCAUUCCGUCUGACUCAGUUCUGCCCUGACCUUCUCUAGCCUUGCUUUUGUAGCCUUGCUAUGUGGUAUAAGUGGCUUGCUUGGCCAACAGACUACAGGGAUUAAGCAUACUAUUCACUCUGGUCCAGGGAUGUCGGACCAAGCCAUCAUGGAGCUGAACCUACCCACGGGGAUCCCCAUCGUGUAUGAACUGGACAAACAGCUGAAGCCUA